UUCCAUGAGGACGCCACAGCUCAACACGUAGCUUAACCACGGAUGCUAUCCGAUUGGUGUUUUUGAUUUAGGCAACUUUUUUCAAUACCAUGGGAAACCCUUGCUUGGAUAUCCAAUGGCUUGCCGCCAUCCGUGUCUGGAAUAGGUGAGUUUUCCCCCCUUUUCCGAUUCGUGACAUUUAGGAUGAAGUUCUGGUGAUGAGAUUGUAGUUAUAUCCAUUCUAUGAUUCGAGGCCCACAUUCUUUCUGCACCGAGGUUGUUUGGACACUUAAGCUUGGGUUCUCUGAGUUUUUGGGAAGAUUCGAUCUCAUCGUGGGGGAGUGGGGAUGUGUGGAAUCAGUGGCAAUUACUUGUUCUCUAGGGAGCUUGGAAACCUACUGAAGAAGCGUGUCUUUCCGUGGUUUCUAGGAUUUAAUUGGACUUGCUGAAAACUUCAUCCUAUUCAAUCUUUUAUUUUGUUAUCUGCAUCAUUCUCAUGGACAGCAGUAUUGAUCUUUUGAUUUGAAUUUAUAGAUCUGUGCUCUACAUCCGUUGUCUCUUUUUGUUUAACUGGUAAGUGUGACCGUUAAUUAGUCUCUAGUUCAUAGCAAAAGAUUUAUGAAGAUGCUUGAUCCAAAAAAAAUAAAAUAAAACAUUAUACAAAAACGAGC